AUGAAAAAAAAGUACAAGAAAUACAAAGAGCUUCUAAGUUCAACGGGUAUAUCGGUUGAUCCCAUUACAUCUGAAAUCGAUGCUUCUGAAUCAUGGUGGAAAGAUCGUAGUCCAUCUUCUGGAGGUAAUAAUUCAUGGGGGCAAACAGUAAAUGGACAAUGGGGUCAACAACCACGUGCUCCGCAAUGGGGUACACCACCAUCUUCUCAUCAAUGGGGUACACCUCCAGCUGCUCAACAGUGGGGUACACCACCAGCUGCUCAACAAUGGGGUGCACCACCAAGUAUGCAACAAUGGGGUACACCUCCAACUUCUCAUCAAUGGGGUACACCACCAACUUCUAAUCAAUGGGGUACAACAUCGAAUGCUCAACAAUGGAGUUCACCAUCGGUGGCUCCAAAAGAUCAUGACGCUUGUCUUCAAUUACUGCGAAUGUCACUUGAUUGCUUUAGAACAUUGUGUCAUCAACUGGAAGCAACUUAUGGAUUACAACCAACACUGAAUGUAAGCAUUGAAGAGAGUGUAGCUAUGUUUCUACGUAUAUGUGGGCACAAUGAAGUUCAGCGAGAUGUUGGAUUACGAUUUGGUCGAACUCAAGAAACCGUGAAGAGGAAAUUUUUUGAAGUUCUUAAAGCAACAGAGUUACUUGCUUGUGACUAUAUCCACACUCCAACACGGCAAGAACUCCAUAGGAUUCCCGAAAGACUUAUGGAUGGAAAAUAUUGGCCAUUUUUUAGUGGAUUUGUUGGAGCGAUGGACGGGGUUCAUGUGUGUGCGAAGGUCAAGCCAGAGUUACAAGGAAUGUAUUGGAAUCGACAUGAUAGAACAUCAUUUAAUAUCAUGGCCAUUUGUGAUAUAAAUAUGUUGUUCACAUAUGUUUGGAAUGGAGCCCCAGAAUCUUGUCAUGAUACAUCAGUUCUUACGAUGGCGCAAAACUAUGAUCCUGAAUUUCCGUUACCACCACCGGAUAAGUAUUAUGUUGUUGACUCUGGCUAUCCAAAUAAACAAGGUUUUCUUGCUCCAUAUAGAUCUUCACGAAACAUGGUCGUUCGAUAUCAUAUGUCACAAUUCGAAAAUGCUCCUCCUCCUCGGAACAAGCAGGAAUUUUUUAAUCGUUGGCAUGCAUCUCUGCGUUCAGUUAUUGAAAGGACAUUUGGAGUUUGGAAAAAGAAAUGGAGGAUUCUUUGUGAUUUUCCAAGAUAUAAUAUUGAAGUGCAAAAAAGAGUGGUAUUGGCUACAAUGGGUCUGCAUAAUUUUAUUAGAAUUUCGAAUUUUGUGGAUGAUGAUUUUGCAGAAAUAAUGGGACAAACACAUAUUGGAAACACCGAAGCAGAGAUUGAUACAAAUGAGAUGAAAACACCAGAUAUAGCUAACGGGGAUUUGAUGAAUAAUAUCAGAGAACAAAUUGCAAAUUUACUAUGA